CAAGUCCUGCGGGGAGAGAGGAGCUGCUGCUCCAGCUGCUGCCUCGGCCGCCGCCACCACCGAGCCGGCGUCCAGAGCGGGGCUGGCAGGCCGGGCGCGGAGACGAGGGCGGCGAGGGGCGCGCUCAUGGAGCACACGCACGCCCACCUCGUAGCCAACAGCUCGCUGUCCUGGUCCCCCGGCUCGGCCUGCGGCUUGGGCUUGGUGCCCGUGGUCUACUACAGCCUCUUGCUGUGCCUCGGUUUACCAGCCAACAUCCUGACAGUGAUCAUCCUCUCCCAGCUGGUGGCUCGGAGGCAGAAGUCGUCCUACAACUAUCUCCUGGCGCUUGCCGCGGCAGACAUCUUGGUCCUCUUUUUCAUCGUGUUCGUGGACUUCCUGCUGGAAGACUUCAUCCUGAACGUGCAGAUGCCUCAGGUGCCCGACAAGAUCGUGGAGGUGCUGGAAUUCUCCUCCAUCCACACCUCCAUCUGGAUUACCGUCCCCUUAACCAUCGAUCGGUACAUCGCCGUCUGCCACCCACUCAAGUACCACACGGUCUCCUACCCGGCCCGCACCCGGAAAGUCAUCGUCAGUGUCUACAUCACCUGCUUCCUCACCAGCAUCCCCUACUACUGGUGGCCCAACAUCUGGACUGAAGACUACAACAGCACCUCUGUGCACCACGUCCUGAUCUGGAUUCACUGCUUCACGGUAUACUUGGUGCCCUGCUCCAUAUUCUUCAUCUUGAACUCAAUCAUCGUGUACAAGCUCAGGAGGAAGAGCAAUUUUCGCCUCCGUGGCUACUCCACCGGGAAAACCACCGCCAUCUUGUUCACCAUAACCUCUAUCUUUGCCACGCUCUGGGCCCCCCGCGUCAUCAUGAUUCUCUACCACCUCUACGGGGCGCCCAUCCAGAACCGCUGGCUGGUGCACAUCAUGUCCGACGUGGCCAACAUGCUGGCCCUUCUGAACACCGCCAUCAACUUCUUCCUCUACUGUUUCAUCAGCAAGCGGUUCCGAACCAUGGCGGCCGCCACCCUCAAGGCCUUCUUCAAGUGCCAGAAGCAACCCGUCCAGUUCUACACCAACCACAACUUUUCCAUAACAAGUAGCCCCUGGAUCUCGCCGGCCAACUCGCACUGUAUCAAGAUGCUGGUGUACCAGUAUGACAAAAACGGAAAACCUAUAAAAGUAUCCCCAUGA